GUUCACGCGAAAUCAACAUGGCAUCCGAACUCGUGGAUUUGUUUGUCGGCAUCGGUUUAACCGAACAGAAAGCUAAAGAAACAAUUAAAAAUGAACAAGUUUCGAAGAAUUUAAAAGGAGCUAUCGAUACGGCCAGCAGUGUCUCAAAUGGGAAAGAUCUGAAAGAAGUUGGCAAAUUGUUAUAUCACAUAGCAACUAAAUUAAAGGCUCAAAUAAAGAAUAGACAGCCAUUGUUGGUAGAAUAUGUCGUUAAGAAAAAGAUCUCCUCAGAAAACCAGCUUAAUGCUGCCAUGGAGUAUUUGCUGUCCAAUCCUGUGGAUAAAAUUGAUAUAAAGGAGUUUGAGAAGGCAUCUGGUGUUGGUGUGGUUAUCUCCCCUGAAGAGAUAGAAACAGCUGUGGAGGAGGUGAUUGGAAAAUAUAAAAAUGAUCUCAUUGAAAGUAGAUAUAAAUUUAACACUGGAAAAUUACUUGGUGAAGCCAAAGGUAAAUUAAAAUGGGCUGAUGGGAAAGCUGUAAAAAAUGAAGUUGACAUGCAGAUUUUAGAUUUACUGGGACCAAAAACAGAUGCUGAUUUAGAAAAAGCUCCAAAACAAAAGGCUCCGAAACCAGCGAAGACGGCGCAGGACAGUAAAACAGAUGUUCCAGCUUCUACGGAAGAUUUUAUGGGAGCUGAUGGACAUGUUAAAAGUUUUAUGGACUUAAUGGGUGAUGCUGUCAAAUUCCACAAAACAGGAGAGAAUUAUAAGACUGAUGGAUAUGUUAUAACUCCCAACACGAUGGAUAUUCUUAAAGAACAUCUGAAAAAAACGGGGGGAAAGGUUUACACACGAUUUCCACCAGAGCCUAAUGGUAUUCUUCAUAUUGGCCACGCUAAAGCUAUCAACUUUAACUUUGGUUAUGCAAAGUGGACAGGUGGUAAUUGUUAUAUUAUAUGUUUAGUGGAUGGGUGGUAA